AGCAUGGUUCUCUACUAGUAUUUAUAAACACACAAAAAGCAAACAACUAAAAAGAUAACAAACUUGUAGCUGAGGAGAGAGAUAAGAAAAGAAGAGAAAUGGCAUCAGCAUCUCUCCUCAAAACAUCUCCAGUCAUUAACAAAACUGACUUCAUAAAAGGUCAGGCACUCCGCCAGCCAUCCGUCUCCGUCAACGUUGUUCGCUCCCAUCCUUCUGGACUCACUGUCCGUGCCAGCUCCUACGCUGAUGAGCUCGUCAAAACCGCGAAAACUGUUGCAUCUCCGGGUCGUGGAAUUUUGGCGAUGGAUGAGUCGAAUGCUACCUGUGGGAAGCGUUUAGAUUCAAUCGGACUAGAGAACACGGAAGCUAAUCGCCAAGCAUACAGGACCCUUCUUGUUUCAGCUCCAGGACUUGGUAACUACAUUUCAGGUGCCAUCCUUUUUGAGGAGACACUUUACCAGUCCACUGUUGAUGGAAAGAAAAUUGUUGAUGUACUUCUUGAACAGAACAUUGUUCCUGGAAUUAAGGUUGACAAGGGUUUAGUUCCUUUGGCUGGUUCAAACAAUGAAUCUUGGUGCCAAGGUCUUGAUGGCCUUGCCUCGCGCUCUGCUGCUUACUACCAACAAGGCGCUCGUUUUGCUAAAUGGCGUACUGUGGUGAGCAUUCCCAAUGGUCCUUCUGCACUUGCAGUUAAGGAAGCAGCCUGGGGUCUUGCUCGCUAUGCUGCAAUUUCUCAGGACAAUGGGUUGGUACCAAUUGUUGAGCCAGAGAUUUUGCUAGAUGGUGAACACAAUAUCGAUAGGACCUUUGAGGUUGCUCAACAGGUGUGGGCUGAAGUUUUCUUCUACCUGGCCGAAAACAAUGUCAUGUUUGAAGGUAUCUUGUUGAAGCCUAGCAUGGUCACCCCGGGAGCAGAAUGCAAGGAGAGGGCCACCCCAGAACAAGUUGCUGAUUAUACCCUCAAGCUCCUCCAACGAAGAAUUCCCCCUGCUGUCCCUGGAAUCAUGUUCUUGUCUGGUGGACAAUCUGAAGUGGAAGCUACUCUUAACUUGAACGCGAUGAACCAAUCUCCCAACCCAUGGCACGUAUCGUUCUCAUAUGCAAGAGCCCUUCAGAACACAUGUCUCAAGACAUGGGGUGGAAGACCAGAAAAUGUUGAGGCAGCUCAGAAAGCUUUGCUUACUAGAGCAAGUGCCAACUCUCUCGCGCAACUAGGCAAAUACACCGGUGAAGGUGAGUCUGAGGAGGCCAAGGAGGGAAUGUUUGUGAAAGGAUAUGUCUACUAAGAUAUUAGAAAGUAUGUACUACUACUACUACUACAUGUUUUCAUGAUCGAGUCGCGGUGCAUAAAAGCUUAUAGCUAGCUCCUCAAGAAUAUUGUGUGUGUUCAUAUAACAUGUACCUUUAGCAAUUAUUGACAUUCAUGCUACUCAGUUUCAGUUUUAUGCUAUUCAUUGAAUUCUUCUCCAGAUUAA